UGAACACAGUGUACAACAACAUUUUAGAAACUGAACACUCACACACAGUCAUGGAAACGUCUUCAGUAAAGCAGCCGUAUUAGAACUGGAACUACAGCAACAACAAGAUCAAUAUUUGUUCCGGGACGAUUUUUUAUGAGGAAGUAAACAGGCUACAACUAACAGCACCACCACCGGUCCAUCAACGCACCACCACCAUAGACACAGCUCCAGGUUAACGUAAACCAUGUCUUCAGCUGUUUUCCUGUCAAUCGUGGUGCUGUUGUCUUGUCAAGUCAGGAUCACCUGUCCUCGUUAAACACACUGUUGGACCUUGAACUACUCACGAUGUCUCUGAAAAGCAACAAUGAUGAGUGUGACCAUGUGAUGAACCUCAGUGCCGUGGAGCGCUGUGCGUUUGUGAAGAGCACACCGGACUGUCUCAUGGAAGAUGGCUUCAUCAACUACCUCCAACUGGCCUUCUGUCUGCUCCCUCCCAACCUCACACCGCUCACCAUCACACUUUGUAUGAUAUGGCUGCUCUUUUUAUUUGUUUUUCUUGGACUCUCUGCAUCCAAGUUUUUCUGUCCGAACCUGUCGGCCAUCUCCACCAGUCUGCACCUCACUCACAACGUGGCUGGCGUUACGUUCCUGGCUCUUGGUAACGGAGCUCCUGACAUCUUCAGUGCCAUAGCGGCUUUCACACACCCGCACACUGCCGGCCUCGCCGUCGGAGCCUUAUUUGGAGCUGGAAUAUUUGUUACGACAGUAGUAGCCGGCAGCGUGGCGCUGGUCAAGCCUUUUGCCGUGGCCUCUCGUCCAUUUCUGCGGGACGUCAUCUUCUACAUGGUCGCAGUGUUUUGGACUUUCCUCAUGCUGUACAGAGGGACAGCAACACUCGUAGAAACAAUAGGAUACCUGGGCCUCUAUGUGGUUUAUGUGUUCACUGUCAUCAUCAGCGCUUACAUCUACAACCGGCAAAAAUAUUCAGUGAACACAAGCAUCCCGAAUGAUGCACAAGUUCAAGUUUCCAGUGAUGAGAUUCACUCGUCCGACGAUGACGUUCCUUACCUGACUCCUUCGCAUGAGUAUGAGUCAGAGUACAGGCCACUGCUGCCAUAUUCAGAGUCCACCAGUCAGAUCCUGCUGAGCUCCCUGAACCCGGUGGACAGCAGGAAGUGGAGGAGGAAAUCAUGGAGCUGGAGAGUGCUCAAAGUGGUGAAGACACCUCUGGAGAUCCUGCUGCUGCUCUGUGUCCCCGUUGUCGACCCUGAUAAAGAAGACAAGAACUGGAGACGCCCGCUUAACUGUCUCCAUCUCAUCACAGCUCCUCUGGUGUCUGUCCUCACCUUCCAGUCAGGAGCAUAUGGAGAAUACAUGAUCCAAGGACAGUUUCCCCUCUGGUUGUUUACUCUCCUUCUGGGACUUUUUCUGUCUGGCAUUGUCUUCUGCACCACUGCUAAUGACCAACCUCCCAAAUAUCAUUCUCUCUUUGCUCUUUUGGGCUUCAUAGUGAGUGCAGUGUUGAUCAGCGCCGUGGCCUCUGAGGUGGUCAGUCUUCUGCAUAUGCUUGGAGUGGUGCUGACCCUCAGCAACACUGUGCUGGGACUCACGCUGUUGGCCUGGGGCAACAGCAUAGGAGACUGUUUUGCUGACAUCACCAUUGCCCGGCAGGGUUACCCACGGAUGGCCAUAUCUGCCUGCUUUGGAGGCAUCAUUUUCAAUAUGCUGUUUGGUGUGGGUUUGGGUUCUCUGUUUCAGAGGGUUACAACACACUCUGAUGUGCAGAUUGAACCAGAGGGUUUGCUGACCUGGAUUCUCGCAGGAUCUCUGGGUUUGUCUCUGGUCCUGUCCUUCGUCAUUGUUCCACUGUGCCGGUUCCACUUGGAUCGGCGCUACGGGUUCUUCCUCAUCGUCUUCUACGCCAUCUUCCUCUUCAUUGCAAUGCUCACAGAGUUCGGCGUCAUACAGACCCAACACUGAGGCCAGUUUCGAAAAAAAAACAAAACAAAAAACUGAGAGCAGACACAAGAGACUUCUUUCGCACUGCCGUCAGUUUGAUGAACCAAGUGGACAAAUGACUGGCAGAUCACAGUGUUCUGCUGAGACUAAUUACACUGUGCCUUUGUUCAGCCGCAAAGAGGAGAGAAGUCUGUUAAGUAACAGAACAUGGUCAAUUCUGCUUUGGUUUUUAGGUUUAAAAGCUUCGCCUUCUGUGUGAAAAUAAGCGGUUACCAGCAGGAGAAAUCCAGCAAUGCACUUGACAAUCUGAACUGUUUAUUAAAAUCCCUUAUGAGGUAACUGAAAUACAUUACAGAAAAGGAAGCUAUAUAAAACACUGAAUAUGUUGACAAUGAGUUAGGAGAUACACCAGUAUUGUUUAGGGCUAAGAGGAGUGUAAGUCUUUAUACUUUUGGUCUUUAGACGACUUGGUAGUGUCCAUGUUAAUACUGGUCGGAUGAGCCGUUAAACUAAGGCAUCAGGUUUAAGUACUCCAUGUUUUACAAAUCACAAAGGCCUACAGCAGUACAUGUACACAACAUACUGUGGUCGUACAGGCUCAGGUUUCAGUUGCUGAAGUCUUGAAAGGGCCAGAAAAACAGGGCCAGGGUUCAACGCCAAACUAAAAAUGGGCUGCUGUCCGUCGGUGCUGCUGGUUUAUGAAGGAGCCACGUGAAGUUGUCUCUCAAGUCAGUCUAAAAAGGCCGAGGACAAGUUUUCCCACUGUCACAGAAUGCUAAGAAAGUUUGUGGUUAUCACUUGGAAAGUGUGCGUUAGUUGAUGCUGUGAGGUCCAGUCUGUGAGUUGAGCUGCGCCUCGGGGAAGGGACACGGGUUAGAGACAGGACUGUCCAGAUCCCGCUCCAAGCUUUGGUCUGUUUCAGACAGGUUUUCCCUUGAAUACUCCGUGUACCACUCCUGGAGAAACAAGUGCAAACGGUCAGGGGUGAAGGAAUAGCAACUAACUUCUGUCGUUGUAUUCAGGGUUAUCUCAUUUUUGUUUUACCUGCAUCUCUUCCUCGUACAUUUUCAUACUGAGGUCACUUUUCGUCCUCGACCUGCGUCCUUGGUACACCAGAGACGAGUGCUGCACACGUGCGAAAGCAGAAUGAAGGCUUAUUGGUUUGAUUUCAAAUCGAGAAAUUCAAAGUAAAAAAAAAAAGGUUUUCGUGUAUUUAUACUUACACCACUCCUGUCCAUAGCUUGUAGAACUCCUUGUAGAGAGCUGAGGGAGGACACUCCUGGACACGUCUGUUUGUACAGCUCUAGAGUGGCCAGGAUUUCAUCUCGACUCACCUCUACUUCAAACACGAUCCCAUUCUCAUCUACGCACGGAAAUUAAAAUCACUUACUGAUCUCCAACUUAAAUUUGACUCAGGGUAACAUUUUUUUUUUUGCAGAUUUUCAAAGUUACAAACCAUUUGUAGUAAACUGAAAUGUAGCAUAUACAGUGUUAUCCCUAACGAUAACCUUAACCUUCUGCCACAUCUGAUCUCCAUGAAGACUACUGGUCCUGACAAGGUCAGUGUUUAUGCCAGAAAAGGUCCACACACACUAAAACAAAUCCCACCCUCUGGAUUCUCCAGUGGUUCCCUGUUUUUGCGGCUGUAGUUCAUUCGGAAAACAAAGGCAUCGAGGAUAAACGCCACAAUGAUGGUCAUCACUACCUGGAGAACAAACGCACAAACAAAAUAUCACACAAGUGUUUACAAUCACACACACACACAUACACACGCACGUGACCACACAGGCCUCACCAUGGUUACAAUGUAGAAGGUCAUGAAGUACAGGCGGCUCCAGUGGCUCGUCAUGGACGUUAUACCUUCCUGAGGGAGAAGAGAACACGGCAGCGGUGAAACAGUGACACCUAAUGAUCAGUGAGAAGACUUGCAGAAGGACUUGUUACCAUGGUGAUGUACCAGUUGUUGACCACAGUCAGUUCAAAAAGAGUCACUGGAGAGAAAAGAAAACGAACACAGUGAAUAACUGGAAAACAAAAAUGUAUCCUAAGCACAAGUUUUGUCUGUGUCCCUACAGCUUAUCACAGUUUAUAUUUCUCUGUGCCAUAAUGUGGAUCUCAUUAUUGUCUAAAGAAUUAUUAAAAAAUAAAGUACAUCAGCCACACAGUUACAAUGGUGACCUACA